AUGAUUGCGCAAACACCGACGGCCCUGUUACUACUUCAGCUUCCGGACGAGGUACUGAUCAACAUCUUCAGCUUUUUCGACUUCCGGACAUUGUGCAACAUCACCUAUGUCUGCAAGCACUUUGACGACCUGGCCGAACCGUUCCUGUACCACACGAUCCGCGUCACAAGCGGCAGUCAAGGCUCCGCCUUGUCCGCCAGUCUCCAUGCUAAUCCCCGCCGCGCGACAUGGAUCCGGUCGCUGCUUGUCUCCACCAAGUUUGGCGAUGAUGACGGCUUGAGCACGCUACCUCCUUACCUAGCUCUGAUGCGGAAUCUGCAAACUCUGCGGCUCGAGACACCAGAUUGCAAUACCAGGUUUCCCGACGAGCGGGUCUCUUGGGUGAAUCUGCAGGACCAGUAUGAGCGGAUCUUCGAGGCGGCUUCUGCGGUGGUUCCCCACGGUGAACGGGCGUUGCCGCAUCUCCAACACUGUACCUUGCACUUCGUCGACGCGCAGAAGGAAAUCUACUCGAUGACCAAAUACGCCAUGCUCUUCCUGCACCCGCGGCUGAAGUCGCUGACAAUGUCCUGCGCCAGUACCGACUUCCCGGACCGGUUGCUCAUCCAGUUCCAGGACGACGAGACGCUAGUGGGGACGACGGAUCUGGAGCACCUGCACCUCGAAGAAUGCGACAUCUAUUCACCUUCCCUCGCUGUUCUCCUCAGCUUUCCUCGAGCACUCAAGUCGCUCAAAAUCAGCGAAGGGAUCCGCUAUGACGGCAUGUUUACUAGGAGUAGUCGCAUGCACGGGAAUGUCUCGCCGGGUUCCUUUGUGGACGCGAUCGCCAAACACUGUACCGGCUCGCUCGAACAUCUGUCUUUGAGUCUGGGGUACUCGAGGCCUUCCCAUCAAUCUUUCAAUCACCCAGGCCAGCAUCUCAAUCUGUCGAAGUUCUAUGCCAUGAAGCAACUUGACCUCGACGUGCGAACGGUCAACCUGGUCCGAGUCCGAGCCCUGUGCGAUCAUGCCACGUGGCGCAGAUUACCACCCAAUCUUGAGACGCUCAAAGUCUUCGGUAUACCGCUUGGCGAUCGACCACCCUUCCAUGCCCGACGACGCGUCUGGUUCCCCUUCGACACCUGCAUCGCGACCGACAAAGUCCGACAUGGCGUCCGCCUGCUCAAGACCUUGGUCUACUCAUACGAGUACUACCGCGAAGACGACGAAGCCCGGUUGAGCGUUUCCGACGACGGUGACACAGAGGAGCAGGUCAACCAGGUCUUGCUCGCGCAACGGCUCAUGGUGGAGAAGUGCAAGGAGCUGCAGCCCGUGUUCAAGAAAGCGGCGGUUCGAUUGGAGGUCGAAAUGGUGGCGCUGCCGAAUGGAUUCAUCCCGCCAUAUUUGUACACGGAGGACACACCGAGGUCUUUCACAUUGUGGCAGUCGGCGCCACGAUGA